AUGAUUAAUGCGUUCAUGGACACUAGUCAUCAUCAUCUAGCGACGUACGGCAUUAAAAUGUCUCCAGGUCACAAUGGUGGUACUGCAUCGAUUCCGUCACCCCAUCAGAAUCCAGCCGCAGCUAUGACUGCCCCAGAAGUAGGCCCAGGACACCAGAAUCAUCACUUUCAGGCAAACUAUGGUCACAUGGGACACUUAAAUCCUCACGCAGGAUACGCCGCGAGAGAUUUUUUACUGCGCCGCGAACAUCACGACUUUCCGACGGCUCAGACAGCUCCUACUGACCCCGUACUAUUUCAUCACCAUUCAGAAAUGCCUCCUCACCAUAAUCCUCAUUUGGCCCCUCACCAUCAAAUGUUAUAUUCGAGGACAGAUCACCAUGCCGCAUACCAUCCCCAACCAAAUCAUCAUCAGUAUCUUAACCCACAUAUGGCUAUGCCCCAUCACCCUACCAACGUACAUGGUGCAUUUUUUAGAUAUAUGCGGCAACCUAUUAAACAGGAAAUGCAGUGUCUUUGGAUUGAUCCCGAUCAACCUCCACCUAGAAAGACUUGCGGAAAACAUUUUACUAGUAUGCAUGAAAUUGUGACUCAUUUAACCGUGGAACAUGUUGGAGGUCCAGAAUGUACAACGCACGCUUGUUUUUGGCAGAACUGUUCAAGAAACGGAAGGCCGUUUAAGGCUAAAUAUAAGUUGGUGAACCAUAUACGGGUACACACGGGAGAAAAACCGUUUCCCUGCCCCUUUCCUGGCUGUGGAAAAGUUUUUGCGAGGAGUGAAAAUUUGAAGAUUCAUAAAAGGACUCAUACAGGUAAUACUAUUUCGUUGUUAAUUUACCAAAAAAUAUUAUCGGCUGUUCAAUGA